AUGGAGUCAGAUACCUCGUCAAAAUCCUUUUCGUCUUACAAGCCACGUACUUCAUGGCUUCAGUGGGUACUGCAGUUAAUCUGGGGGGAAAAGCCGAGCCACGAAGAUGCGCUGCAUGGGACUGUUCCUAUUCCAGGGCCACCGCCGGUCCCUCUGAUUGGUAGCGUGUUUGAUGUUGACAUCAAUGAUACGCUGAAGUCCGUCAUUGAGAUCAUGAAAGAUUAUGGACCAAUUAUUCAAUUGUUUACUGGAUCCACGAGGGAAAUCAUCGUCGGCUCUCAAGAACUAGCAAAUGAACUCAGUGAUGAGAAGAGAUUUUGCAAGGUCGUUUAUGGUGCUCUUCAUCACCUACGAGAUGCUGGUGGUGAUGGCCUCUUCACGGCUCAACAUGGCAGCCAUGAAUGGGGAGUUGCUCACCGCAUUUUACUGCCCAAUUUCAGUGUAUUAAGGAUUCAUGACAUGUUUGACGACAUGAAAGACAUCAUAGAGCAAUUAUGCCUCAAGUGGGCUAGGCAUGGCCCCGAGACUCCUAUCGAUGCAGUCGACGAUUUUACUAGACUUACAGUCGACACAAUCACGCUUUGUGCCAUGAAUUAUAGGCUGAACAGUUUCUAUCUAAAUGACGACAUGCACCCUUAUGUAAAAAGCUUGUCUAGAGUCUUGGUCGAAUCAGACAAGAAAGCGCAAUUUCCGAACGCAAUCAACUCCAUGCGCUUCAAGGCUCAUGCCCGGUACAAAGCCGAUAUACAGACUAUGGCUGAGAUUUGUAAAGAUAUCAUUCGCAGGCGCCGUGCUUCUGGAACAGAUUCGGAUUCCAAGCUUCUCAUUGACUGCAUGAUUCAUGGGGUUGAUCCCAAGACAGGGGACAAGUUAAGUGACGAGGCUAUUAUGUGGAACUUGCAUACAUUCCUGAUAGCCGGUCAUGAUACCACGUCGGGAUUGUUGUCUUUCGCUUUCUACUAUUUACUUGCGAACCCCGAAAAGAUGCGCAAGGCGAGAGCUGAAGUUGAUGCAGUUCUUAGCGAAGGUGAACCUAUGGGGUUGAAACAUCUUCCAAAGCUCCAAUACCUCGAUGCCAUUCUCAAAGAAACCAUUCGCCUACAGUCACCCGCUCCUGGUUUCCACUUAAGGCCGCUUAAAGACGGCGAGGUGCUUGGGGGUAAAUAUGUCGUCAAUAAGAAGGACCCAAUUGUCAUCGUUCUUCACCAGUUACACCGAGAUCCUGCUGUCUGGGGCGAUGAUGCUGAGCAGUUUCGACCUGAGAGAAUGGAGCGUAAUGAGUUCCAAAAGCUCCCUCCCAACUCGUGGAAGCCUUUCGGGAACGGUGCCAGAGCCUGCAUUGGAAGAGCAUUUGCGUGGCAGGAGUCUCUAAUGGUCAUGGCAAUGUUACUUCAACACUUCGACUUUGAGAUGGAUGACCCCAGUUAUAACCUAAAAGUUCAACAAACCCUGACGAUUAAACCCGAGGGUUUCAAAAUGCGUGCUCGGCUACGUUAUGGCAGAAGGGCUGGGGAUUUAUUCAAAUGCCAAAGCACAGUACGACAAGAUCCGACGAAUAGCAGAAAUUCGAAGUUAGGCAAUCAUUCUGGACACCCUCUUACGAUUUUGUAUGGUUCUAACACUGGCACUGGCGAGGCUUUGGCCCUCAGGUUGGCUGGAGACGCAACAGCAGCGGGGUUCCACGCUCAAACAGUUGUGGAAAUGAACGCUGCCACAGACAAGCUACCCAAAAACCAACCGGUCAUUAUCAUUGCGGCUUCUUACAACGGAUAUCCCUCUGAAAAUGCGGAAACCUUUGUCAGCUGGCUGGGUAAACUUGCCCCGGGCGCCCUUGAAGGUGUUAACUACUGCGUCUUUGGCCUUGGUCAUAGUGACUGGGUAGCCACAUAUAACAGAAUUCCCAUCCUAGUUAACGACAUGAUGCAUCAGGCAGGGGCGCACAGAAUUAUUGAGGCGGAAUAUGCCGACAUGGCAACAGCAGAUCUAUUUGCUGAUGCUGAGACAUGGUCGACAGAGCAAUUAUGGCCGACGUUGGCAAAGAGGUACCAUGUCAAACCAACAGAAUUAUCAAUUUCAGAUAUGGACCUCAAAGUCGAACUUGGAAUUCCGGCCAGGCUGGCUACUCGUCGUGGUUUCUUCCAGGCUGCAGUAACAGAUAUUCGACAACUUUCUCACCCUAGCGUUUCUCCAAAGUUUCAUUUAACACUCAAAUUACCGGCUGAAAUUCGCUAUCAGGCAGGUGAUCGGUUGCAGGUGUUGCCCAAAAACAACGCUGAAGUCGUGAACCGUGCGCUUUUGCGGUUCCAGCUCGAUCAUGAUACUGUCCUCGUCAUUAAUAGCGCCAGGCCAUUAAGCAUACCAGUCGGCGUCCCUAUCUCAGCAGCCGAACUUUUGAGUAUAUACGUUGAGCUUGGCCAGACAGCAAGCCAGCGAAACAUUCGGAGCUUGGCCGAUGCGACCCUCCAUAUCGACAACAAGGCCAAGCAACGUUUUAUCGAUGAAGCGGCAAGAUCUCAUCUUUUGGAACUAGCCGACAGUUCUUAUGAAGAUGAAAUUCGCACUAAGCAUGUAUCCGUGUUGGAUUUGCUAGAGCGUUUUCCUUCUAUUGAAUUGCCUCUUGCCAAGUUCUUAGCUAUGCUCCCGCAGAUGCGUCCUAGAAUCUACUCGAUAUCCUCGUCGCCUGCAAAGGAUCCUACCUCCAGCGAUCUCACGCUUAGCGUGGCUAAAGGCGGCGUAGCAACUAGUUACCUAACGUCCAUACGCCCUGGGCAGUUUGUGCACUUUUCGCUCUCCCCAGCUCCGCGAGAGUUUCGUCUGCCUGUUGCGCUAUCGACGAAACCGAUCAUCAUGAUCGCCACUGGAGCCGGUUUAGCACCUUUUCGGGCUUUCUUACAGGAGCGCGCAUUUUCUAAAGUUCAUCUAGCCCCAGCUUUGCUGUUCUAUGGAUGCCGGGGUUCCACAUUGGACGACAUGUACCGCGCUGAGCUUGACGAGUUUGAGAGCUCUGGCAUCGUCAAAAUUCAUCGUGCUUUUAGCCGUGAUCCAAAGGCAACUUCCAAGUACGUCAUGGACAGCAUAUAUACUGAGAGGAGUGAAAUUAUUAGUUUGUGGGCUGGCGGAGCCACUAUUUACGUUUGCGGUGGGAAGAAGAUGUCGGACUGCGUGUUUGAUAUUUUGGGACCUAUACUUUUCAAGGCCGACCAAGCAGCUGCAAGGACAAAUGCGGAUACAGUACAAGAUUGGGAAAAACAACUGCCAAGAGAAAGAUAUGUGAGAGAAAUUUUUAACUAG